GGUGUGUUUGUGUACGACGUGUAUGUGCCGGUACCCGACGAGAUGGAGGAGGACGGGGGCAACGGAGGAGGAGCGGCGGGUGGCGGCGCAGGUGCAGCAGCAGGGGAGGAGGAGCUGUGGCCCUGGGAGGAGGCGCCCGAGGGCGAGGACUGGACCGUACCGGUCAUUGAGGUAGCUGAGGAGGACGAUGAGUUCUUCUGGGGGGGUCAGCUGGAGGCGGAGGCGGCUCAGCGUGCUGCGGAGGCGGAGGAGCAUGACAGCGAGGACUCCAACGCGGAAAGCUACUACGCCAACUCCUACCCGG